UACACACUCAUUAGCUGUUUCCGACUUCUAUGGGCGCCGUCAGGCUGUCCAGAUAACCUAACACCUUUUAUAGUGUCUGAUAAGUGUGUAUUCUGGCAUUUUAACUACACGUCAGGUUCAUCCCGCAUCUUUAGUUCUGCUUGCCAAAAAGACCCACUAAACGCUCUACAUUUUUGCCUACAACUAAAUAAGUGA